UCUUUGUGCAUGCUACCACAUAAACUUAUUUAUUGCUGAAGCUGACGACGCUUACGUUGGCAGAAAAAAUUUCCCAUUUUCUCGAUCAGUAAUCAUCGGAUGAAAAAUGUCUCUUUAGAGAAAGGUGGCAUUAGCCGCGUCUGAUUCGAAAAAAUGGCUUUAGUUGCCAAGGGAGGAUUAAUUUUAGCUUAUAUUGUGAUGAACUCGUUUGCUUUGAAGCUGCAACGAAGAAAUGAAGAUGUUUAUGGCAACACAUGGGUGGUCUAUGUCGAAAGGGAAAAAAGAUUUGUCGACGAUCUGGCAGAGAGAAAUGGUUUUGUGAACAGAGGAGAGAUCGCAGGCUUCCCUGGACAUUUCUUGCUUGAACACAAAACACUCAGAAAGCGGCGAGUUCGCAGAGAUGCGCCGGAACACACAAAUAGUCUGCUACGUGAACCUUUAGUGAAAUUUGCUCGCCAGCAGAAAGUUUUGAGAAGGACUAAACGAGGAUAUUUUUCAGACCCUUAUUAUAAAGAUCAGUGGUAUUUGAACAACUCAGGACAAACUGUAGGACCUCGGGGAUUUGACAUCAAUGUCGUGCCAGUGUGGAGAAAAAAUAUCACAGGACGCGGUGUGAUAGUUACAAUUUUGGAUGAUGGUAUUGAGUACACUCAUCCUGAUCUUAAAGACAAUUAUGAAGCAAAGGCUAGCUGGGACUUUAAUAGUCAUGACAGUGAUCCAAUGCCUCGUUAUAGCAGAGACAACAUCAAUAAACACGGCACAAGGUGUGCAGGGGAAGUAGCAGCCAGUGUAAAUAACAACAAGUGCGGAGUAGGUGUGGCUUAUAAUUCACGCAUUGGAGGUGUUAGAAUGCUAGAUGGGGAUGUGACUGAUGCAAUAGAGGCCUGGUCACUGGGUCUUAAUAAAGACUUCAUAGAUAUCUACAGUAGUAGCUGGGGCCCAGAUGAUGACGGAAGAACUGUGGAUGGCCCAGGUCCUAUGGCCAAGAAAGCAUUCAGAGAAGGGAUCAGAAAAGGACGUGGUGGUUUGGGAGCCAUCUUUGUCUGGGCUACAGGUAAUGGUGGACACUAUAAUGACUACUGCAACUGUGAUGGCUACAUUACAAGCAUUUUCACUGUAUCCAUUGGUGCUGUCAAUGAUCGUGGCAAGUCCCCGUGGUAUGCAGAACCCUGUCCAUCAACUCUUGCUGUAACCUACAGCAGUGGUGAAACCAGAGGUACAGACAAGCAGAUAGUUACAACUGAUUUGCAUCAUCAGUGCACAAAAAGCCACACAGGCACAUCAGCUGCUGCACCUCUUGCUGCAGGUAUAUUUGCUUUGGUGUUAGAGGCAAAUCCUAAAUUAAGCUGGAGAGAUUUGCAGCAUCUGGUUGUCAAGACUUCCAAAAUAACUGAUCGUUUAGACAAAGGCUGGCAGAGAAAUGGUGCAGGACAUCGUGUGAAUCAUAAGUAUGGAUUUGGAGUGUUAGACACAGAUGCUCUUGUGACAGCUGCCACUUCUCCCACCUGGAGACCUGCUGCUGAACAGCACAUGUGCCGAGAACAGGAUCACACUGAUAACAAGAAGAUCCCAGCCAAAGGGACUCUCACAUCAUCAAUUAUUAGUUCAGGCUGCUCCAGUAAGACAAACUGUGUUAUGAAACUAGAACAUGUACGAGUAUACAUCACAUUGAGUCAUAAAUCAAGAGGCUCUUUAAGAAUUAUUUUAACUUCACCUGCUGGUACUAAAUCAGAGCUUUUAGCCCCCAGAGACAGAGAUUAUUCUAGUCAUGGUUUUCAAAACUGGCCUUUUAUGACUGUGUUCAGCUGGGGUGAGAAUCCUGCAGGCCUCUGGAAGUUAGAGGUCACUGAUACCAAAGGCUUUGAGGGGGAGUUUAAAAAGUGGUCCAUUCGGCUUUAUGGCACAUGUGAAGAUCAUCGCAACAUCACACCAACUGAUUCUAAAAUGUGUAACAAAGUUUGUAAGAAAGGAUGUGAAGAACCAUUUAACGAUUUGUGUCCCAACUGCUCAAUGCUGUGUCAUUGUGAUUUGGGAAAGUGCCUGCCCCUUUGUAAUCCUGAUGACGACGUUGAUCAAGAACAGAAAGAAUGCCGUAAGAGUGCACAAGCAGGUGGAAUUAGGGCUGACGAUGAUGAUGAAGAUGGAGGUGAGCAGGAUGUUACUAAGACUCCAACCACCACUACGCUGCAUGAAAAGGGAAUAUCAACAUUUAUGAAGUUACUUAUAAUCUUUAUUCUUGUAGCUAUUAUUUUAACAGCUGUGCUUAUCAUGUGGCACUUCAAAAUCAGUCAAAAAGUUUGUUGGGCCAUUCCAGAUAAAAUAACCAAUCAGAACCAUGCUAUCUCCCAAACACAUGUGGGAUAUUGGCCUGUCUCUGUUACACCAGAGGUGAAUAAUCAGAACCUUAAAGGACUUGGUAACCUAAAGAUGUAGGCUAUUACACAUUUGUUUUGCAAAUUUCUGCACACUAUACCAUUUUCACAAGGGGAAAGAUUUAAAAAAAGGUGGACAGCUCAUAUUCUUACUCAUCAACUUACAAUGCAUCAAAUAUGGAGUUGGAAUUCCAGUGUAAAAUGCAGUCAAGCAAUAAGUAGUAAAAAUCAAUCACAUCCCUGUAAAAGUAUAGCUGUACCUUUGCAGUGUUACCCUACAAUGGUAACAAUUCAAUAAUCAUUUGAUAAUUACAAUCAUUCUAUUUGUUAAUUAAUUUUGAUAAAGACAACAGUUUAGACUUGGUAUUUGACAAAUAUUUUACUCUGAGUGUGAAAGUGCAUAACUGGUUCAUGGUAAGGUUUUGGUUCCAAAUAACCUUAAAAUUAUUAUCUCUUUAAAUACCACUGGAAAGUUUUCCUUGAUCUUAUCCAUCUAGUUUGGUGUCUUUAGCACUCAAGUUCAAUAAUUUUUUUGGUCCUUGCAAGAAAUACACAAGCUAUUCUGGCUGAUUAUUUCUUUGAUCAAUGUUUCAUACGACAAAGAGGUUUUGUACUUUAUACUGUAAAAUGCUGUACAUAGAGUACAUCAGAUUGAUUUUUUGUAAUGAAUUUGAAAAGAACCGUUUUCUAUGGUAUAAACAAAUUUGAAAAUGCUGUAGACAAAUACCAUGAAAUAAUAUGCCUAGUACAUGUACAUUUGUCCAUUUGUACAUUAAAAUGAGCUUAAUUUGAUUUAAAACCAAAAGGCCACUGCAUUAGCUUUACUUUGGCUUAUAUUUCUUUUUCUGUAAUUACAUUUUUUCACAAAUUCCAAGUACACACUUAGGUGGAAUGAAUACCACUAUAAGUUGUUCUUGAACUUUUUUGCUUAAUGAACAUAUAAACAUACUUGUAAAGAGCAUUAUUAUGUGCCUCUCAAAUAAUGAUACAAUAUCAAUAAAAUUGCUUUCAUUUUGAA